AUGAAAAUAGAGAAAGACAAGGUCACCUUCCUUCUUGGGCUCAUAGCGUCCAUUCUCCUGUUCGUGGUCGGGGGGCUCUUCAACAACGUCAGCUACCUUUUAGGGUGUUACAUAUUCCUAGGAUUGGUUAUGACAGUGUACACCAUAUUGGCGUUUUUCAUUCCCAGCACGAAGAAGUCAAGAGAUUUUGUCUUCUCAUACGGAGUCGCCACAGCCUGCAUGUUUGUCAUAUCGCUAAUGUUUCACAUAAUAGUAACUGAUUCGAAGGGUUAA